AACACCUUUACCAACAAGCUCAACUUCCACAACAACAACAACAACUGCACCUUUGCCAACACCUACCCCAACAAGAGAAAGAUGCACUAAAUCAUGCAUUUGGUCAGAUUGGAUGGACUUUGGCCCUCCUACAACAGGUCCCAACGGUGGUGAAAUAGUACCAAUUAAAAGGAUAACUGACAUUUAUCCUAACAUCUGUUCCAGUCCAACCAAUGUUGAAUGCAGAGCAAAACUCUUUCCGACACUGCCUCUUUCAGAAAUAGGACAGGAUGUGAUUUGUAAUGCACAGAAUGGAUUGAUAUGUCUGAACCAAAACCAGGGUCUUCAACAGCAAUGCUUUGAUUAUGAGAUUAGAGUGCUUUGUUGUGAAACAAAUUGUCCAACAUCUGGUACCAGUCCUACAACAAUCACAACAGCAACAAACACACAAUCUUCAUCAAAAACUACAUCCACAACAACAUCUACAACAACAACAAAAUCUCCAGCAACAAGUUCAAUUACUACCACUGCCACUAUGUCCACAUCUUCACCAACCACAGCCAUAAAAACACCUUUACCAACAAGCUCAACAACAAUGCUGUCUUCACCAAAAACAUCUACAACAUCCACCACAAAACCAACACCCCCAGAAACAACCGUAAUUACUACCACUGCCACUCAGACGACAUCUUCACCAACCACAACCAAAAAAACACCUUUACCAACAAGCUCAACUUCCACAACAACAACAACAACUGCACCUUUGCCAACACCUACCCCAACAAGAGAAAGAUGCACUAAAUCAUGCAUUUGGUCAGAUUGGAUGGACUUUGGCCCUCCUACAACAGGUCCCAACGGUGGUGAAAUAGUACCAAUUAAAAGGAUAACUGACAUUUAUCCUAACAUCUGUUCCAGUCCAACCAAUGUUGAAUGCAGAGCAAAACUCUUUCCGACACUGCCUCUUUCAGAAAUAGGACAGGAUGUGGUUUGUAAUGCACAGAAUGGACUGAUAUGUCUGAACCAAAACCAGGGACUUCAACAGCAAUGCUUUGACUAUGAGAUUAGAAAAUAG